AUGUCGCUACAAGGUCUGCCACCAUUGCCAAAGAGCCUCAGCGGCUUCGCAGAUGGCGAGCCCGAUCUCAGAGAUCCCCCCGCACCAGCGCCCGACGACAACCACCCAACUGACCUGGACUCACAGCUGGUCUAUUUGAAAAAGGAAAUGGCCAGUCUCCGUCAGCUUGACCUCUCCCUGCUGUCCGAGCUGUGGUCUCUCAGCGAGGCAAUGGCCUCGUGGCGACGCCAGCUUGAACGAUGCCCUCGACUCCGCCCGGCGCCGCCCCCGCCCCCACCGCCUCACUACCUUAGAACCUAAAUAUAUCUUUUAACAAAUUAAGGAACCAUUUGAUUUAAUAACCUAUCCCUAGCGUUUGCGUAGCAUUGACAGAAGCUGUCAAUGUCAACUUGACAAAAAACAACAUAAAAAAUACUAAUAUUAUACAUAUUUGAGGGCUACCCCGCCCUACCCCUUCAUAGAAAAAUCAAGAAACCAUUUUAUUUAAAACCUGUGGCUAGCGUAUGCCUAGCAAUGACAAAUUAUAGACCAAAUACAAACACCCUGCUAGAAACUAACUAAACCUUUGCUCUUUAACAAACUACACUUAAUUCCAUAAGUAUGUAACAUCUAUUGCUGUUCUUCUAAAUUAAUUAUAGUGUUGAGCUGUGUAUAAAAUAGAAAAAGAAAAUUUUCUGAUACCUGAAUACGAUAGUCUGAUACUCAAGAGAAAAUGAAAUGAAAAAAGAUACGUUCUUGCAAUCUUAGCUGCAGAAAUAUGAUUCUGUUACGUUAAAUUAUAGUAUACAGCAGCAUUUCACUAGGAAAUUAUUAAAAGGUGUCUAACUCAGUUAUGUUAAAAUAAUAUAAGGGCUUAGCAAAGGUGCGAUUGAUUUCUUACCAAAAUACGUAAAUUAUUUCAAUAAAAUACAUGAUUAUAAUACAGUACCAUAAUAUAAAAUGAUACACAAUAUCAAUAAAUAAAUAUUUUUUUUUUUUUUGUAUUAAAAUACCAUAAAAAAUUCGAUACUUCUUAAACUCAGAGGAAUGAGAAUACGAGUGCUGCCACGCUGCAUUUUAUUUCAAUAUAUUUGGUGAUUCAAUUUUAGUAAUUAGUAGUUUUGAUUAAUAGUUUAAGAUCUGAAAAUCUACACACUUAAAACUGAUAGUUAUUACGAUAAAAUAGUUUUCGUUAAUUUAACACGACAUGCAAAAUGAUUGGUAUUAGGUACCUGAUAUUUAUAUAGGUAUAAGAAAUGAAAACUAAAUAAAAUAGUGCUGUAAUUGUAGUGUUUAUUGAAGUCAAGUAGUAACGGGCUUUAGAUAUUUUGUGUAUAAAUGUGUGAAUCGUAUAGUUUUUUUUUAAUUAGUGUAAGUUAUUUUUAAUUAAAUGUAUUCUAAAUA